AUGGAUACUAAUAGUCAGGACGCGCGUCAGAAAAAUGAAACUCUCACAAUUACUGUCGCCGAUGCAGACACUACAACUACAGAGCCUCCAGUGCGUCACAGAUGGCUUUUAUUCAAAAUAGACGUUUUUGUUCUAUCAUUCGUGUGUUUACAAUAUUGGAUCAACUAUGUUGAUCGUAUUGGGUUCACCAAUGCAUACGUCUCUGGUAUGAAAAAUGACCUGAACCUUACCGGUUCACAGUUCACUCUAGCAGGUACAUGUUUCACCAUCGGUUAUGUGGUUGGAAUGUUACCCCACAACUUGGCAUUACUGGUGGUACCUCCACGAAUUUGGCUCAGUUCAUGUACUUUAGCAUGGGGGUUACUUACUUUGGGGAUGAGUCAUGCCCAUAGUGCUCGUGACCUUUGUGUUUUGCGGUUUUUCCAAGCUCUUUUUGAAAGUUGUACAUUUUCUGGUACUCAUUUGAUAUUGGGUGCCUGGUACUGCCCACGUGAAUUGCCGCUCCGUUCAGCAAUAUUUACAUCUAGUGGUUUAGUAGGUGCCAUAUUCAGUGGAUUUAUGCAAACCGCUAUCGCUCAUGAAUUAGAAGGUGCGGGGGGUAUGGCGGGUUGGCGUUGGCUUUUCAUUAUCGAUUUCUGUAUUACAGUCCCAGUUGCAUUGUACGGUCUAUUAUGUUUCCCCGGUAUGCCUGAUGCUACAUCUACUGGGAAGUUUACUCUAGCACGUCAUGUGUUUUCCAAAGCAGAACUACAAUAUGCACGCCGUAGAUUACCUCCUCAAGAAGCAAAUUCAAAACUUUCAUGGUCUGUAGCACCACGUGUAUUACGCCGUUGGCAUAUAUGGGUAUUUUCACUUGCAUGGAUCCUAGGUGGUGAAAAUCUUGCUCUAGCUUCAACAUCUACAUUUGCAAUAUGGUUACAAAAUCAAGAUUAUUCGUUAUCUGCACGUAAUAAUUACCCUGCUGGUAUUUAUGCAGUUGGUAUUGUCUCUACUUUAGCCUCUGCUUUAUAUUUGAGUCGUGUACAACGUGCACGUCAUUGGCAUAUAGCUGUUGUUUUGGCUGCAGUAAUGACUAUAGUAUCAGCAUUAAUAUGGUGGCGACCAUUGGAUCCAAAUGUUAUAUUCACAUCACAAUACUUGGGUGGUAUUGCUUAUGCAGGUCAGGCUGUAUUUUUUGCUUGGGCUAAUGUUGUAUGUCAUGCAGAUUUACCUGAAAGAGCCAUUGUUCUUGCUUCCAUGAAUAUGUGUUCAGGUGCUGUAAAUGCUUGGUGGAUAAUCUUAUUCUUUGAUGCUUCAACAGUACCAUAUUUCAGAAAGGGUUGUUAUGCCUUGUUGGCAACAGCCAUAGGUAGUGCCAUCAUAUCUAUCAUAAUAAGAAUAUUACAAAUACGAGAAUCCAAAAAUAUAGCAAACCAAUUAUCAACUCAAAUAUCUAACGAUUCUUCGGAUGAUGAAUUAGAGGGACACUCUGAUGAUGAGAUUACCUAUGAAAUUGCAUACCAAGAUGAACACCCUAAUAGGUAUACUAAGUCAAUUUUGAAAUCUCAUUAA